AUGGCGGGAAGGAAGGACACGCUGCGUGGGCUUUCGAGCUUCAAGUCGAGAGGACAUCAAUUGGUAGCAUUGGUGCCACCUGAAAAUGCUCCUUCGGGUAUAGAUAGUGGUUCUGAACCUGAAAAUGAAGAGGAAAUUGCAGUGCAUAGAACUGAGGAGUUGUCGUCCUCACCAUGCCCUUCCAUCGACUCAUACAUACAAAACAUGAAUAUAUUAGACAGCUCCGAAAAUGAUGCACACGACAAUGUUUCAAUUGACAGUGACGAGACGUUGAUAGUGAUACUUUCAUGGAGACAGUAA